AUGUCUCAGCAGCUGCGGCGAUACCACUUUGGGACUGUGUACCGAGAGGCGCCAAGUUCAGAGCUUUAUGCACAGUCGCAGUUCGGACAUCCCCGUGAAGUGUCAUCCGCUGUGGUGCAGUUCCUGUGGCAACCAUAUGCAGCCCUGGAAGCCGACCAGGAGCUUGUUACAGCGUUGCUUUGGCGAAAUUUGCUGAGGGCAAGACGUCGCGACCAGCAACAGCAUCCGGGCGUCAUGUACCGCUUUCACGCCAGCGACGUGUGCGAGCAUGUGAGCAGCCAAGGAGCAACGGACUUCGGAGGGGGAUCUGCAGACCUGCCCGGACAUGGCAGACCGAUGCAGGAGGUUGGCUUGAAGCAGCCUGUGGAGGUCCUCACGGAGGUCCCAGACUGGAAAAGCUUCUACCAAAAUUACGUCCGUGCGAACAGACCAGUUGUGUUUCAGAAUGCUGCUCGAACUCAGAGGGCUUUUGACAAGUGGACUGACGACUACCUUGUGGACUUGUGGGGCAAAGAAAAAAUAAUUGACAUCGAGAUGAAGAAGGUGGAGGAGCGCGGUGGACCAACAGUCCAGUGGCCUUUCGAGAAGUUUGUCAGGGAGAUCUACAAGGACAAAAGGCUAGAUGAGCUGUAUGCAGUCAUCGGCCUGGAGGACGAGCCGGAGGCUUUGGCAGAUCUUGACCUGCCACACCCGGCCAGAUGCCAAGAGGUGUGGCCUCAGUCCGUUACACUCUGGAUGAGCAGUGGUGGCACCAUGUCGGUUCUGCACAAUGAUGAUGGGGAAAACUUUUUGAUGCUGGUGGAUGGCUACAAAAGUGUCAUGCUGGUACACCAGGAUGAGGCUCCCAACAUGUAUGCCCACGUUGCCAAGGUGCGCGGGACGUCACCCGUGCGACAGGAUGCGGUGGACCUCGUGAACUUCCCCCGGUUUGCCAACAUUACCUGGCUGCAUGGGGAAAUCGGUCCCGGAGACAUGCUGUUCAUUCCGCACACCUACUGGCAUCAGGUGAACUCGCGUGGCAGAAAUUUGGGAGUCAACAUGUGGAAACUCGGCUUCACAGCAGUUUGUUGUGCGCUGCACGUGGAACAUCGUAGCAUGAGAGGCGACUUUCCAUGUGGCUGUUGCUGUUGUCUAGGGGAAGGAGAGUGGAGUGUGACAGCCAUGUGGAACUAUGAUUUCCGAUGGUUGCUGCUUUCAUGA